AUGAUAAAAGCAUCAAAACCAAUUUCAAAUAUAGAAUUUUCGCAAAUCCUUCAGAAAAUUAAAUUUACUGGAGUGGAUAAAAAUCCGAGACGUAUCGGCGUUGCUGUAUCAGGUGGUCUAGAUAGCAUCGCUCUAUGUUAUUUGUUACGAGAUUGGACCAUAACUAAUGGAUACAAGCUGAAGGCGUUUACUGUCGAUCAUCAAUUACGCGAUGAGAGUGGUAAUGAAGCAAAGAAGGUUGGAGAAUUGAUGCGGAAAUUAGGAAUCGAUCAUGAAAUCAUGAAAAUAAACUGGUCAAGACCUUUAUCAAAUUCAGCAAGCGUGACUACUAAAGAAUCAGAAAAAGAAAUUCCUAAGCAUGAUGUUCAUCCUCCAACAACAAGCCAACUAGAAACGAAUGCGCGAAUUGAACGGUACAAUCUCUUAGCUCACGCAUGCAAGCAAAAUUCGAUUCAACACUUAUUUAUUGGACAUCAUCUAAAUGAUCAACUAGAGACCUUAAUAAUGCGUUUUGCAAGAGGAAGCGGAAUUGAAGGAUUAUCGGCGAUGAAUAAUGAAAUAAAAUUUCCUGUUGUGAAAAGUGCUGAUGCGAUUGGGGUUAAAUUGGUGAGACCUUUAUUGGAUUGUACAAAGGAUCGCCUAAGGCAAACAUGUAUAUCCUAUGACAUCCCAUGGUUUGAAGACUCAACUAAUACAUCCCUAACUUAUAAACGCAAUGCGGUACGUGAUGCAUUAAAUAAAAUCGGGCAGAGAUUUCACGAAGGUGACGAGAGAUUAGGACCAUUAUCAACAGAAGGAUUGAAACAGUUUUUGGAACAUAUGCAAGAUCACAGAAAAGUAUUAAAUGAAAAAGUUAGUCAAAUAGUGAGGUCAAGCGCAAGAUUCAGUCUAAGAUAUGGCAUUUGUACAAUUGAUAUUCCGCCUGACGCGUCAACAUCCUCCUCCGGCUGGUUUAAUAAACAUCCCAUAUCAUUCCGUGUUUUAAGCUAUUUAGUUCGAUGGAUUCGUUGCGCCGAAUAUUCACCACGAUUAGCUCAAAUUCGCACAUUACACGCAUAUAUCCUUCAACAACAGACCCUACCAGCAGAGCAACGUAGAAACCUAACAAUUGGUGGCGUGCUCGUUUCUCCCCCGAACAAGAAUUCGGGAAGCUUACAAUAUCGGUGGACAAUACUACGACAACCAUUCAACAAAACAAAUGCAUUUGAAAAAGUUGACAUGCGUGAAAUCAAUAUCGAAAAUAAAGAACGAGAAGGAAUCUUACUAUGGGAUAAUAGAUUUUUCGUGGGUCUACGAUUAAAUGAUCGUUUUCUUCAAGAGAAAGAAUAUAUUAAAAAUAAUAAGAUUGGGUUUUAUGUUCAUCGAUUUACGAAAAAAGAUUAUGACAUGAUCAAAAAGAUGCCUGGAAAAUAUUCGAGGGCAUUGAAUGAAUUCGUUUAUCAUGUUCCCGCAAUUGGAAGGGAAACUUUUCCAUUGGUCAUUAUGAAGAAUCAGAAAACUGAUCAAGAAAAAGUAUUUAGUGUUCCCACGUUGGGCAUUCACUUUUACCCUCAAAUUGGAUUCUGUUGGGCUAAAUUUCGUAACAGUGUGAUUAACCUUAAUACUACUGAUUGUGAUCAAGAUAUAAUAGGUGGUGGUGGUUAUGGAUACGUUGAUGAAGAAUAA